GAGUAGUAUAGAAUUUUCGCAACACGAGUAGAACUUUUCACGCCGCUGCGGAAAAUUCUUGUAUUCUUGUAUAGUAAAGUAUAAUCAUUGUGUAUUUUUUCAAAUAUUUCACUAUUCAAUGAUAAAGUAAUUAAUCAUUGUGUAUAAAUUGUAUAAGAAUAUGUACAACAAUUUUGUUGAAUUUGUAAUUUUCUGUACGUCUUGAGUCUUGUGUUGUUUGUAUACUCGGUACCAACAGCAAGCAAUGUGUUGUUGCUGUCGCUCUCAUCGCGUUUCUUUGCAAAUAUCAAUAAGAACUAAAGUAUAAGUAAAGACCAUAUCUAAAACGCCGAAAAUAAUUAUCCUAAAAGUAAUGUAAUAUAUGGAAAUUGGUUUGAGAAGUCUCCUGAAAUUAUAAAAACUAAACUUUCUAAAAACGGAAUAAGUGUAAAGUAAAUACAUACAUGUUAAAAGAAAUAGCAGGACCAAACAUUGGAAAUUUUUGUUCACAUCCGCAAUUUCUGCGUACAUAACUGUAAGAACGUAUAAUACAGUAAAAGAUGGAACAAAUGUUAAACAUUCUGUCGUAGCUAAGCUAAAAGUGAAGUGAAUUUUAAAAUAUUCAAAAGAAAUUAAAUUUGAAAUAUAAGCGUACUUAUAAAUUUAUCGGGAUAAAGUUUGUGUUAUCUUGUGUCACUUGUAUGCUCAAAGAAUAGCCUUAUAAGGCAAUAAACACAAAAGAAAACCCAUGAAUUGGAAGGACAGCUAAAAUAAUUGUGUACAUGUGUUGUCGCUAUUUGUAAUUGUGUAUGGUGAGCCGAAAAGAGGAAUCACAAUUGUGUUUUAAGUCGUGAAAAAGCAUUUGUAAAAUAUUUGUGUGUAAAUAUAUAUAUAUAUAUAUAAAAUUGGAUUACUUCUUGUAAACACACAUUAAGUGUAGUGUUAAGCGCUAUUUUAUCAACCGCAUCUGUAUAAAGAAAAAAAGUAAAUAAGUGUAUUAAAGCUUUUCGAGCAUUUGUAAAAUAAAAAUCUCAAUAUCAAAGCAUUUUAACGGUUUCCUGCAAUUUUACGAAGAGAAUCGAAAUUCAUAAAAGCUGCAUUUUCACGAGCAUAAAAAAGUGUCUAACGACGUUAAAUAUUUUAAUUGACGUGUUAAGAAUAUAUUGGCGAGAAAGUGUUAAAAUAGUGUGUUAAGGUCGCAUUUAUCACCCAUUGUAUUUAACAGCAUAUGAUUUUAUUCAUUCCGGUUGCAAAAAGUUAAAAUCGGUUGAUCAAUCCUACUACUAAAGCGUUUUCAUUUGCCACUUUGUAAAGUUUAAAUAAAAAAUUAGUUAAUUAAAACGGCUUAUUACCAAUCGAUAAUAAAUACUUGCGCUUCAGUUUUUAUUUCGCUGUUGUGCGUGUGUUAAGUAAAAGCCGUCAAAAUAGAGCUGUUACCAACGCCCACGAUUUCCAUAUCCACGGUUGCACCGCCUACGUUAUCGCCCCAUCAUCAUCCUCACCAACAGCAUCACCAUCUGCAACAAUCUUUUCAACAGCAACAGCAACCACCGCAGCAACAACAACAUCAUCAUCCUAAUUUGCAUACACCAUUCGGUGGUGGCUUUCAUCAUCCUUUCCCGCCACUUUUAUCGCAUCAACAGCAGCAGCAACAACAACAGCAACAAUCGCAACCUAAUUUUCUGCUAACACCGCCACUGCCGGCAACGCCGCAAUCACAACUGCAACAACAGCAGCAACAACAUCAUCAUCAACAACAACAACAGCAGCAGCAGCCUCAUCAACAGCAACAACAUAUGAAGUUAUUAGGUGGCAACGAUGAUCGUAAUGGGCGCGGCGACCAAAGUAUUCCGCGCGUGCAGGAAGAGGCAGCUGGCGGCUUUAUAUUUCAACCGCCCGGCACAUCCAUGCACGACAUGGCUGCUGCUGAAUAUGCUGCUCAAUUUGCGCAGAAACGUUGGGCUUGCGGUGAUGAGCAUCCUAUUGAUAACCCCGAUAAAUGGAAGUACAAUCCACCGCCGCAAAUGAACCCGGGCAGUGUAACACCAGGUGCACUACCAGGCGGCGGACCGGGCACCAUUGGACCUAUCGGUAUGGGCGCCAACAUCGGUAGUAUCGGUACGAAUGGUGGUAUGCAUCCAUCGAUGGGUGGACCCUCUCAGAUGGGUGUUGGUCAGAUGGGAGUGGGUGGUGGUAGUGCAGCUGCAACUGCCGCUGGCAUGGCGGCAAUGCAUACUGCUGCUGUGGCCAAGCACAAUCAUAUGAUGUCACAGGUUGUUGCCGCACAACAACAACAUCAACAUCAGCAGCAACAGCAGCAGCAACAACAGCAGCAGCAACAACAGCAGCAGCAACAUCAGCAACAACAACCGCCACACCCGGCACAUCAACAAUCAGCGCAGCAGCAACUUGGUGGCAACGGUAGCCAACAGUUGGCAAUUUCUCACUCACAACAACAACAGCAACAGCAACAACAUCAACAACAACAUGGACCGCCACACCCCUCUCAAAUGACAUCACAUCAACAAUUCGGUUCAAAUUUACUCAAUCAUGCCAUGAAUAAUCCUGCAGCUGCUGCGGCUGCUGCCGCUAUUGCAGCAAGCAUGCAGCCACAACACAUGCAAAUGCCAGGCGGCAUGCAAGCAGGCAAUUGCAAUAUGUACGAUCCAGGGGUGCAUCCAGGUGUGGGCAUGAAUGGUGUGCCAAAGCCACCGGGACCACCCGGUCCACCUGGCGGACCUGGCGAGUUAGUGUACUUCGGUGGACAGCCACCAAAUGCUGCUGCUGCUGCUGCCGCCGCCGCCAUGGGCAUGUUGCCACAAAAUCCUUUUAUGAAUAAUGCUGCCGCGGCUGCUGCUGCCGCAAAUCGUAAUGCAGCAGCGAUCACCACAUCCACUGCCAAAAAGCUAUGGGAGAAGUCCGAUGGCAAAGGUACCGUUUCAGGUGGCGUUACCGGUGGUCCAUUAAAUCCACUACACAUUCCCGGUGUUGGCGAUCAUCCAGUUUGGAAGGAUUCAACAUGGUCCACACAGGGAGAAAAUAUUUUGGCACCACCGCGGCCACGCACUUUCCCACAAGCACCGGAAACGAAUGCGAGCACCAAUGCGGGUAUUCUAAGUCCACGUGACGCCACAAGCGGUUUGGGUGUUAAAAUGGUAGAAUAUGUGUUGGGCGGUUCACCCACUAAUAAGGACAGUCCGCUAUCCAGCCUUGAGCCACGUUUGCGAAGUCUGAAAUUCGAUGAUAAUGAUAAGCCUCACGACGACAAAGAAAAGGCCAAUUCUCCGUUUGACACAAACGGCCUAAAGAAGGACGACCAAGUAACAAAUACUAAUGGCGUAGCCAAUGGCAUCGAUGACGAGAAAGGAUUUAAUCGCACGCCUGGCUCCCGUCAGCCUUCGCCGGCUGAAGAAACGCUGCCACGUAAUCCGGCACUACUCGAUCCCACACAACAUGGUGGCUUCCCAACACAUCCAUUCAAUCACAUGCUCAAUUCCAUGGAUCAUCAAGGUGGACCGGGUACACAAAUGAACUCAUAUCCGCCACAUCAAAUGCAAAUGGGUCAAUUGCAACCGCCUGUAAUGAACGGCGUUGGUGGCAUGCAAAUGGCACAGAGCCCCAUGAUGAACCAUCAGGCACAAGGACCAAAUCAAAUUGAAUCUCCUGGAAAUUUAUUGCAGCAACAACCACCAAAUUUUGAUGUACAGCAACUUUUCCGCUCACAGAAUCCUGGACUCGCCGCCACAAAUGCCGCGGCCGCCGCUGCUGCUGCCGCAGCUGCCACAUCCGCUGCGCCACCUGGUGCACCCAAUGGCACAAUGCAGCCGCAGCAGAUGGCGCAAAUGGCCGCCUCACAGCAAUUUUUGGCCGCACAACAGAAUGCCGCCUAUGCCGCGCAACAAGCGGCUCCCUACGUCAUCAAUCCAGGACAAGAUGCUGCACCCUAUAUGGGCUUGAUAACUGCGCAAAUGCCACAGUAUUACGGUGUACAAUGGGGCAUGUACCCCAGCAAUCUGAUACCACAACAGGGCACACAACCGCGGCGGCCGUUGACGCCAUCGCAACAGGGCGCUGAGAAUCAGUCCUAUCAGGUCAUACCGGCAUUUUUCGAUCAGAGUGGUUCGCUGGUGAUGGGACCACGUACAGGCACACCGAUGCGCCUUGUUAGCCCGGCACCGGUGUUGGUGCCACCAGGAGCGACACGCGCUGGCCCACCACCGCCACAGGGCCCACCACAACUAUAUCCGCCGCAACCACAGACGGCACAACAGAAUUUGUAUUCACAACAGAAUGGUUCAAGUGUUGGAGGACUCGCCUUGAACACGAACUCGCUGACCGGUCGCCGCGAUUCAUUUGAUCGCAAUACAUCCGCCUUCAGCCCUUCAGCAGUUGAUUACAACAACAGCAGCACCAGCACACUACAAGCCGCUGCAGCUGCAGCCGCCGCCGCUGCUGCGGCCGCACGCGGUAAAUGGCCCGGCGCUGUGACCAACAGUUAUGGCGCAUUGAGCGCCACCGCCUCGGCGAGUCCGAUUGGUACGGCCAUUACACCACCACCGCCGCAAUCAUGCCUUGUUACAAAUCGUGCACCUGGCGCUGAAACCAAAUAUCGCCAACAAAUGGGAGUUGGUGCUGUUGGCCUGCCACCAGCCGCUGCUGCGGCACAAGUGGCCGCCGCUGCUGCGGCUGGUAAUAUGUUCGGUUCAAGCAGUUCACUCUUCUCAAAACUGACUAUACCGGGUGGUGCUGCUGCUGCCGCAGCUGCAGCUGCCGCCGCUGCUUCCAACCGUCAUGCAGCAGCCGCUGCCGCUGGCCUAAAUGCAUCUGCAGCAGCUGCUGCUGCAGCCGCCGCCGCCGCCGCCGCUGCAGCUGGUGCACCGCAACCGGGACGUUCCCGUCUACUCGAGGACUUCCGCAAUCAACGCUAUCCGAAUUUGCAGUUACGCGAUUUGGCUAAUCAUAUUGUCGAGUUCUCACAGGAUCAGCAUGGUUCACGCUUUAUACAGCAGAAAUUGGAACGCGCCACAGCUGCAGAGAAACAAUUGGUGUUUAGCGAGAUCUUAGGUUCAGCUUUUAGCUUGAUGACCGAUGUUUUCGGUAACUAUGUUAUACAGAAGUUCUUUGAGUUCGGCACACCAGAGCAGAAAAACACGUUGGGUAUGCAGGUGAAGGGGCAUGUUUUGCAACUAGCUUUGCAAAUGUAUGGUUGUCGUGUCAUACAGAAAGCGCUGGAGAGCAUCUCACCAGAGCAGCAACAAGAGAUUGUGCGCGAAUUGGAUGGCAAUGUAUUGAAAUGUGUCAAGGAUCAAAAUGGUAAUCACGUGGUUCAAAAAUGUAUCGAAUGCGUCGAUCCGUCGGCGCUGCAGUUCGUCAUAAAUGCAUUCAAGGGUCAAAUAUACACACUCAGCACACAUCCAUAUGGCUGUCGGGUUAUACAACGCAUAUUGGAGCAUUGUACCGCCGAGCAGACGCAGCCCAUACUCGAUGAAUUGCAUGAGCACACUGAGCAGCUAAUACAGGAUCAAUAUGGCAACUAUGUUAUACAACAUGUGCUGGAGCACGGCAAGCCCGAAGACAAGUCAAUACUGAUCGCCAGCGUGCGUGGAAAGGUUUUGGUAUUGUCGCAGCAUAAAUUCGCCUCGAAUGUUGUGGAGAAAUGUGUCACACAUGCCACACGCGGUGAACGCACUGGACUUAUCGAUGAAGUGUGCACAUUCAAUGACAAUGCCUUGCACGUCAUGAUGAAGGAUCAGUAUGCCAACUAUGUGGUACAGAAAAUGAUUGACGUCUCGGAGCCGACCCAACUGAAGAAACUCAUGAAUAAGAUACGCCCACACAUGGCGGCAUUACGCAAGUACACCUAUGGCAAGCACAUUAAUGCCAAGCUGGAAAAGUACUUCAUGAAGACAGCCAAUCCAAUAACAACAACAGCAGCAAGCUCAACAAUCGUCUCCACCAGCAUCGCACCCUUAACAACAGCGGCUUGCAGCACAGCGUCUGGCCUAACCAUUACCACGCCUACAAGCAGCAUGACUACCGGUCUCACAGUUGGUACACCCAUAAUGAUACAAGAGAAUGGCAUUAACGUUACACCAGUGGGUCAGACAUCACCAGCAGCAUCAUCAUGCACCGUCUCGACCAACAGCAGCAGCGCCACCUCUGUGGUGACUGCCGUCAAUAGUGGCCUGGGACCCAUUGGCCCCCCCACCGCUAACGGUGUAGCGUUGUAAAGAGCGCGUUGUACAUAAAGCAAUAAAAUAGAUGAUUGCAGUACAAGUGAAGUGAAAUUUUGCAAAAUAUCUGCUAGAGCGUCACACUGAAGGCACACAAUUUUAUUAGUUUAUAACAAUAGUAGCAGCAUUAUAUAGCAUUAAACAGAAAUUGAUUAUAAUUUGAAUGUGUAACUUAGUUUUAAGAUAUGCUGUGUUUUUCUCGAUUUUAUUUAGAUUUUAAAUUCUCCAAAAAAAAAAAAAACACAGACACACUUUAAAAUGCAACAAACCAGAAGAGAUGUGAAAAAAUAUUUCGUGUUGGAAACUAACAGAUUACGCGGUAAUUGCAAAGUAACCAGUAAGAUUAACUACAAGAAUCUCAGUUGAGUAGGAAAACAUGAUUGCGUUAAAUAUGCAGCUCGUAUUUUUAUAAUAUAUUGAAAGUAAAAAACGUUAUCGAAGAGCGUAAAGAAGACACAAUGUCAAACAAACAAAAAGCUAUAUAUAUAUAGCACUCGAUUUAAGAAGCGAACAUAAACGCCUUCAAAAGACAACAAAAUCGUUAACACAAAUGGUAAAUAAAACUCGAUUUGUAAAAAUUUAAACACGAGUAAAAAUUAAAAGAAAAAUCGAAUUGUGCAAAUAUUUAACACAUAUGCAAAAAUAUUUUAAGAAAAACUGAAAAAGUAACAGUUUUAUAAAAAGAAAAUUAAAUUAAAUGAAUAUAAAGAGCAGCGUCGCUUAAGCAGCGUACGCGUUUAAGACUUUUGUAGCGCAUGCGCGCGCGCAACCUUUCUUUUAUGCAAGAGCCAGUCAAACGCAUAUUACUAUGAGAUAAACUAAGCAUGAAUCAUACGAAGAGAACACACACACAAUUGAAUCAUAAAAAAAAUGAAUAACAAAAAGGCGUUAGGUAUAUAUACAAGCAAGCGCUAUAAAAGAAGCUGAAAUGUUUGUAUAAAAAGAAAAACACAAGAAAUAACAUGAAAAUAAGUUUAGUUUAAAAAAAAAACAGUAUACUAUGUAUUUAUAAAAGUAAUUUUUUAGCAGCUUGCCGUUAUUUACACACUCUCGUCACACACGCGUGUCACUGCUCGUUGUCAUAAAAGAGCCAACGUAGCAAGCUUAGUUAGUGGCAGCGCAUAAUUAUAGGCUUGUGUGUAAGACGGCGCUUUAAUUUAACACGUGUGUUGCUGCUACAAUUUUUUAAUAGUAGUCAUUUUAGAAGCUUCUCAUUUGUAAUUUAUUAGCAAAUGCAAGCAUAUAACCAUACAAACAACACACACAUACACAACACAUGCAAAGUAAGAAAAGAAAAUCGUGCAACGCUAGCAUUUUAUGAAAGAACAUAUAGUUCGCCAACAAUGCUUAAAACCAAGGACUUUUAUAUAUAAAUUAAACUAACUAAUAACAUAAACAAACUAAACUCACUAAGGACUUGUUGCGCACAAAUUGGUAGUUUUUCGUUGAGCGAACGUGCUUUGAAUAUUUGAAGCGAUCUUUUCCGUGAGCAAUUGGAAUGUCUUGUAUAAAAUGCAUGUAAAAAAUGUUCAUACAAAUUCAUGUACAAAUUUCAUAACACAAAAUAGUAGAGUGUAAAAAAAAAAAUAUUUCAUACAAAAAUUUCUAUGGAAACCAAAUUACGUUACAUUUAAUAUAAAAUUGUCAAUAACAUUGAUUUCGUAAACUUAACUGCAUGCAUAAAUUAAAUGUUUGUAAAUCCAAAAGUAUCUACUGCGGCUGUAAUAUUUUGAACUGUUGCAAUGUGAAAAUCAAGUAAUAGUUAGCAAUUACUAUGUAUUAUAUGGAAUUCUUCUGUGCGAAAAUAUUAUACAUAUAAAAUUUUCCAAUUGCGUUUGUGUAAAAGCUAUAUUCAACAGCGAAAAAUAUGUAUUUAGCAAAUGCUAAAUAAUUGUAUGAUGUUUUAUGUCGUUUGGUACAAACACAAUUUUUUAAUAGCAGUUAAAGUAAAAAACUUCAUUUUCCUAAUAUACAUACAAUUUUUAAUUAACCGCUAACAAUAAUUUUCACAACAGACACACAAAGUUAGCGCCGCUUUUAUGACAGAAAAGCAGAGAAGCUUAUAAUAUAUCAUUGCAUGUAAAUAACAUCAUCAUUCGUAGCUACAAAAUAACAUAAUUUCUCUAUAGACGUUGAAAAUUCGUUUCCAUAUUAAAAUAUGAAUUGAAAUUAUUUGUAAAAUAUGUAAUAUUUUGUAAAAAAAAAAAAAAGAUGUAAUAUUGUGUAAAAAUUUUAAUAAUUUGUAAAAAACAAAAGUAUAAAUAAUUUGUAAAUGCGCCCUUUAGUAUUAAUAGACACGAAAAGUAGAACUUGUACAAACUAUAUUUACGCUUUGGCUCGUGUGUGCUACGAGUUUCGACAUGCAAAGCUCACAAACAAGUUCGCUAGACACACACACGCUUAUGCAAAUUCGCUGCAAUGAACGGUAACCAUUUUGUGCGCAAAAACGUAAUCAUUUGUGCGCUGUUGCAAGAAAAUGAUUACAAACACAUAUUGUAAUUUGUAUGCGUUCGUUAAUAUACAUACAUAUAUACAUAUAAAGUACAUAAUACGUAAGCACUGUAAAUGUAAGCGUAAUAUUAUAUAUUUUUAGAGUAAAGCAACAACUGAUAAGUGACGCAAACUAGCAACUUUUUUUUGUAACCAAAAGGAAAGAGGAUUUAUCUGUAUGUAAUAUAAAAAAAGGUUUACUGCUGAUAGUAUUGAAAAGGAAAAAUUUUAAACUUUUGUAGUAAUUGUAAGCGAAAAGGGGAAUGCUGUUAAACAAAGCGCGAAAGACAGUUGAAAAUAUUGAAAAUUUUGUUAAAUGCAAUUUGUAAUUAAAAUUUUGUUCUAUAAUAAUGUAUUUGUAAUAAAAGAGUGUGUGUUUUAUUUUGUUUGUUAGCAACCAUAAAAUAGCAUAUAAAAAAAUAUUAUAUAAAAGCUCUUUUUACGACACGCCACCCCCAAAAAUGACUCGAAAAAAUUAUGUGUUUUUAAAAAUAGCAAGCUAAUGAAAUUUAUGUAUUAAAAAUAAAACCCUAAUUAAUAAAUAUGUAUUAUACAAAAAAAGAGAAAAUGUAAAAUUAAAACAUAAAACAUAAAAAGCAUGCUAUUGCCACGUGGAAAAUAUGUAAAAUAUAUAUAUAAUAGUAGUUGAAAAAGUAAAUAAUAUAAAUAUAAAAAGUAAAAUAUUAAUUUAAAAUAAAACUAAAAACUGUAAGCAUUGUAUUGUAAAGCGUGUAAGUCAAAUUAACGCAGCAGUAAACGCUGUCGUUUGCCGACUACAUUCGUUCGUACACUACUGCGAAUUCGUUUGUGCAUUUGUAAGCGCGUACUCUACGUAACAUCUGUAUGUAUGUACAAAAAAAUGUUUUAUGUAAAAUUUUGUAAAAAAAAAAUGUGCGAAAUUAAUUCAAAAUAUACAAGCAUUAAAGCAGAAAACAUGUGCAUGUUCAAGCAAAUUAAUUUUUAAGCUUGUAGACAAUUGGAAAACAACAGAAGUUGUUGCAUGAAAAAUGAAUUUAAGAAAUAUUUUUGUUGUUAGUAAAGUUAACUGCGAUUGACGCUUACGCACUGGCAAUAUACAUAUUUUGCGCUCAUUCACACUGCAAAGCACGAAAUUGUGUAAAAGUUAAUUUAACGUUUUUGUAGUUGUUCCGGUAAAGUAUUUGCAGUUCAAAUAACAGAGACAUGAUUAUAUAUUUUUGAUUGCUAAAUAAACUAAAUUUUUGCAUAUUAAUUAGAAUGAAAUGCUUAACUAAGCCGCUACACAAAUGGUAGGCAACAAAAAUUUGAAUAACCGUAUUUCGUUAAUAUAACGCUACAGGCAAAUAUUGCACAAUAAUAUUAAUAAUAUUAUUUUCACAGACAUAUUUUUGUGCUUGCUGCAACAUAGCGUGUAAGUUACAAAUAAAUUCAAGCAGUUAGUCAGAGAUGCAUGUAGCAAUAGGGACAAAAGUUCACUCGAUCGACGUAACUGUAAAAUUUUAAUUAAACGUGAAAAUAAGUUGACAAAAUAUGGCAAUUUGUCAAAAGUUGGCAUUGUCGGCUAUUAAAGCAAGGAAAAUAAAAUUUAUUUAUAACAAAAACCACACAACCUGUCUGAUUAGAUUUCAUAUUGUAGUAUACAACUACGAAAUACACAUUUAUAAAUAAAUAAGAUAAACGUAUAAAACAUGAGCAACUUAAUGGAAAAGAAUUUUACAUUUUAUCACAAAUAUAUGCGAACUCUUAUAAAUACGCAUACAAACAUACUUUUCACUCUCUAUAAAUAAAUAAAUAUAUAUUUAUUUAUAUAUAUAUACAUAUAUAAUAUACUUAUUACUGAACAUGUAGUUAUUAUUAAUACAAUAUAAUAAUGUGUAUUAUUUAUAUAAAGAUUACCAGUAAAAUCGUAUAAAUAUGUAGUAUUUGUAAAAGAAUUUAAAUAUUUAACUGUAGUGCAUAUGUUUAUAAAAUUCGUACAUAUAAAAAAAAAUAAAUAAAUAAAUAAACAAAAAUAAAAAUAUUUACUUAUGUAGCCUGUAAAAAUACGAAAAGCAGAAAAUAAAAACAGACUUACUGAAUAUUCAAAGUAAAAUGCAUAACAUGUAGAAAAAGUAAUAACUUUGAAAAUGAAAAACAAAAAAAAAACAUAAAAAACACGCAAGUAAAUGCUAAGCACACUUAAGUAGGCUAACUAGCAAGCGAGCAAGCAAACAGCGUUAUUGCAGCGGAAAUCUUUAAUUAUGUAUACACAUAAAUGAAGCACAUGCACAGAUAUGCAAGUAGCUACAACAACAAUAAGAUUGCAAGCAUUCUAGUUGGAAAAGGCGCAUAAGUUGCAGAAAUUAUACAAAAAUUUUGUUUUAUGUAGAUAACAUAAAAAUGUUGCAGAUAUAGCAAAAAUUAAGCAAAAUGUUUUUGACUUUUAUUUUAAAAAGAACAAUUUAAAACCUAAAUUAGGAGCCGAAAUUAACGGCCGAAAAAGUUGACUUUAAACUUUAAAAUUAUGUAAUUUUUUUUUAUCUUUUUACAACAACAACAUGCCAACAUUAUGUAAUUUCUGAAAUGAAAAUGCGCCGCAAUGAAAUCAAACAGUUAAAAAAACUCACAGAAAACAGUGGCUAGCAUACACACAUUUUCAAUUAAAAACAGAUUUUUAGUUUACAUAAAAAUUUCGUCUAAAUAGACAGUUAUUAUUUUUAUGCAAAAUUAUGCUGCAGCUAGUAACAAUAUUUCUGCAGCAUUCUAAGUAAGCUAAAAAGGCACGAUUUAUUUGUGUAUUUCAUAAGUUUAAACUUAAUUUAAUAAUUUAAGUAUAUUUUUUUUAUUUUUAUUUUUUAUUUUAAUGCAUUUUUUUUAUAAACUCUAAACAAUUUAUAUAUGUUAGUGUGUGUAUUUAUUGCUCUAUGGUGUUUUUUUCCACUAUAUAUUAACCAACAAACACGACUUUUUAACAUAUUUAACUGCGUGUGUUUAAUAUAAUACCUAAUAAAAAUGUCUAUGUACGUUGUAUGUAAUAGUUUUUUCGUAUUGCUAGUAUUUUUAAUAAAUUUUUUUUAGUUAUUUAAAUAACAAAAUAGUCAAAAUUAUUUGUAAAUGUACGAUUUUGUAACAAAGAACAACAACAAGUACUGCAAAAUGUACUAAAUUGUAAUGUAUUGUAUGUAAUGUAAUGUAUAACUACCAAACCUAAUUCACUUACUAACUGUAUUUGUAUAAUAUUUUUUGUAAUAAAAUGAAAUUGUAAUUUUUGCCUCAACUUGAUUUGCAUCGAAGUGAUCAAAGCCAAACAACUACAAAAAAAAAAAAAAAAAACAAAAAUGCAAAAACGAAAAAUUGUGUAAACAAGACAAACUGUAAAAAUUUAUAUUUUCAGCUGUAGCGAUUGCAGCGAAAAUUGUGUUAUUUGUAAAAAGAGAAAUGUAAAAAACAACAACUUCCACAAACCACACAACUCCUACAAUCCACACAUUGCGUAUUCAUUCUGCUAAUGAGCUUGUUUAUAACUGCACACUGUGUUAGCCGCCUAUAUGGUACAUACAUUUAUACAUACAUUGUACAUCUAACUGCAUACCAAUUUGAUUUUUCAUGAAUAAAGCAAAAAGAAAUGCAUUAGUCGUUUUAAAUGCUUGUACAACAGCAAAUAUAUACAUUUAUAUAUACCUAUAUGUAUAUGUAUAUACAUAAAUAUACAUGCAUACAUAUGUAUGUAUGUGCAUGCAUAUGCGUACAAUAUUUUAAGUGAAACAUGAGGUCAAUUCAUUAUGAGUAUCAUUAUUGUUUAAUUCACUUCUUUGAUUUACAUAUAUACAUACAUACAAAAAUAUAUAUAAACAAUGCAACAGCUGCAAAUAUUCAAGCGUAAUAAGCAAAAAUAUCUUUUAGUUAUUUGUAUGUUAACUAUGUCAUUACUUUGUAGUAUUUCUUCUUAUAUAACUUUAUUUAACUAAGGAAAAACAAGCGAACGUUUGACUUUUAUGUAAACCAACCAAUCAAUGCAACCACCACGCCUAUUUUGUAGGUAUUUCUAAUUUUACGCAUUUCAUGUUUCUAAAUAUUUUAAUAAUUAUUAUUAUCAUAAAUAUUAUUGCUAUUAUAAUUACUAUUAUGUUUAUGUGCAUAAGUUAGCGUUGUGACAUUUAUAUACAUAUGUAUACAACAUACAGACAUAUAUGUAUAUACACACGCCUACCUAACAUACCAAAACUACUACCUAACUACCUUUCAACAAAUGUCAGACAUACAUACAAACAUACUUCACUAAGAAACUUGUUCAUUCUUACACAUGCAUACAUAUAUAGUACAUAAUAAUUAGUUUUUUUUUUCAAAGUAAAUACAAACAAAGAAAUUGUAAUUGUAAUUUUAUGUAAAACACAAAUAUAUUUAAAAGAAAUUUGACAAAAAAAAAAAACUUGCAAAUUUUUAUUAUUUCCCAUUGGAUACCUUUCGUAUUGGUAAUUUAGCAUUUAUGAUUUUUGCAGCUGCAACGCUUAUAUAACAUACGACAUAUGUCUUAUAUAUAUUGUACGAUGUCGGCAAAUCGAACGUCUAUUGAAGAAUGGUGAUUUUAUAAUGUGAAGUGGUGAGUGUACGUUUACUGAACGCUGCUAUUGGCGUUGUGAAAGGGGGUAUUCUGGUUUAGAAGCCCGAAUUUUAGGCUCUUUCGGACCCAAUAAACAAAAACAACAAAUAUUUUUACUAUAAAUUUUCUAUUGUUUUUGUUUUUUAUUGAUAUUUAAAGAGUACAAAUCAUUUAUAAUAUUAAAAAAAAAAACUCCAAAAAUUCCAGGCCAACAAAGUGGGGACUGAUGAAAAAUUGGCGUAUCCUGGUGUGCAGGAUAUCAGUACUAUCAGUAAUCUGAAAUGGAAAUUUUCGAGUGAUCCUUAAAGAGAAAGGAUGUAGUUAUAGCACUGCGAGAGGAUUUUGGAGAAAAAAAAUGUACACAAUAUGGCGACCGUUUGAAAAAUAUGUUUCGUUAUUUCCCUGAUUUUUUGCCGUUCGGAAUUUUUAAAAAAUACAAACAAAAAUUCUCUCGUAGUGCGAUAGUAUAAUGUAUAAAUAAGCUCUGUAGAAAAUUUCAAGUAAAUCGAUUGAGUAGAACUUGAGUUAUCAUGCAGAUUGUUUCUAAAAAUGUAGUUCAGAAAAAAAAACGACUUUAAAAUUUAAGGCCGAGUCGCGCGUCACCCGAACCGUUCAACAGCGUGUUAGAAAAUGUGCUGUAACUCCGAAAAUAAUUGAAAUUUCAAAAAAUCAUUUUAGGGACAUAUUCUUAAAGGGUUAUACUACAAAAAUAUGCAAAUUUUUCUUAAAUUUCUAAACCAGAAUACACCCUUAAGCAAGUAGUAGUGAUUGAUGUUGAAGCGCACACCAGCAUUCUAGUUCACAUAUUAAAAUAGAUCAAAGCUUAUGCUCUUCUUAAAAUUCGUAUAAUCCGCUUAUAAUUGUCAAAAUCGGAACUUAAAUUGAAAAAAUAAUUUAUAAACCUAAUUUGGUGGUCGAAUCAGAAGUUGCAUUGGUUACUGGCUGUCAGUAACAAUUUCAUGCUCUGCUAAUGGAUUUUUAGUUUUACUUUUUACUUUACGUCGACUUUUCUUUUCAUCUUGUGCUAUUUUUCCGAUAACAAAUUUGUAUUGCUUUUAGGGCAGUUAAAAAAGAAAAUAUAUAGAUUUUAUGUCAACCUGUACAAGCACAGUUUAAGCGGAUUCAAAAUCUCUUUUAAGGACGGCGAUAACUGAAUAUCUUAAGCGAGACUAUUAUUUUGUUGUAGUUACCGGAAAUGCAACCAGUAUUUCCAAUUAUUCCCUCGUUUAUCAGUUGUAUACAUUGGUGAUUACUCUCAGAGAGUUUCUAGUUAGUUUCGUUGCCAUAACAAUAACUCGGUUAAAUGGGCGAAAGCGUAUAAACUACACUUAUAAUUUGUUACGCUUCAUUGCAAAAAAACGAUUAGCUAAACUAUAUGAAUUAUAAAGGUUUUAAAUUUAUACAAUUUAUACACCACUAGCUCUUAGUGUUAUCAUUUCUCUAACCUUAAAUCUCUAAAAUUUUGUUAAGCGCACUUUACAUCCAACAUAAUUUAAAAUCCUAAGAGUUUAGUAAUUUAUGUACAUUUUUGUGUAGCUACAUGAAAAUGAUUGCGUAAAUAAAAAGUUAUGCAAGCUAUAAAAAAACGUUUCAUAGCGCACAGGUAAAUAUUUAUAAAAUACAUGGUUGUCGCUAUUAAACAUUAGGUUACUGAUAUGCAUAGCCUUAAAAAAUAGCGCGAAACAAAAUAGAAGCGUCACCUGACGGAAUUUUUCGCAUUAAAAAUAAACAUACACAUUUGAUACAAAUCGGCGCUUUAUAGCAAACAAUCCUGGACACAUAACCUUAAAAACGUUGUAAACUAAACUAUAGAUCUCAAAAAGAGCCUAGCAUUUCUAAGGCACCAUUAAAGUUUGGUUUUUGUGCGUUUAAACAGAGCACACAAUAUUUGUGGUAUUAUUACUAAACAUCUUAGUUUAAUAAUUAUAUGAAUAUUGUGGAGCGGCAAAUCAAAUUGAUGUAAAACGCUAUGGCAUCACUGUAAUGAAAAGGCAACAUACUGUCAAAAAUAGUUGCUUAAAGAACAGUCGCGGAAAUUGACAGCUAAUGUUUUAUUAUUUUUAGCAAUUUUUGAAUUAAUUAGAUUAAAAUAAUAAAUUCUCUUUUUGAAAUCCUGUCAAAUUAUUAAAUUUAUUUAGAACAAAUACAUACUUGAAAAAACGUCAACUUAAAUACAAAACAAAAAAUCAAAAUUAAACUUCUAAAGCACUUACAAAAAAUACAUGAAAAAAUGUAUGCGUAUAUAACGGUCUUAUGUAUGUAUAGUAAACUGUAAGAAGUAUGCGUUUAAUGUCAUAACUGAGUAUAAUCAUAAUUCAAGGUAUAUUUGUGUUAUAGUUCUACAUAUGUAUGUAUAUAGUGCGUAUGUAGAUCAAGUAUAUGUAUGUACAAUAAUGUACAUACAGAGUACAUAAAUAUUUUGUAUGCAAACGCGAAAUGCGAUUUUUUUGUAAAUUGUAUAAAAUGAAUACAUAAAUAAAUACAUACAUAGAAAUGAUAGAUAACAAAGAUAAUAAAUAACGGUCUAGCUGAAACUAAAAGAAUAGAAGAGUAAAAUUACAGAAUAAUAUCACUUAAAGAACAUUUCGAGUUUUUCUACAAAGUCAAAGUUAAUGAAGAGCUAUUUUUUAUAAAACAACAGCAAUUGUGUAACGGUACUUUGUACUCGUAGGUUUUAUGGCAUGUGCAACAUUUUUCAAAACGACAAGCAGUUGGUGAAGUGGCGCAAGUUUUAAAAAACACAACUUAUUAUCAAUAAAAGUAAAAUUUAUAGUAAUCUAGUAACUGCCCAACAGUUGAAGACGCAUACAUACAACAAAUAUAAGUAAAACUUGAACAAAAAA